AUGGUUCGAAACAUUGUGGUCCUCGGCGGCAACUCGCACCCAGCCCUGGUCGAAAGCGUAUGCAACAUGCUGGGGCUUCCGCCAUGCAACCGCAUACUGACCAAGUUCUCGUCCGGCGAGAGUCGGUGUGAGAUCCAAGAUUCGGUCCGUGGCAAGGACGUCUUCAUCAUCCAGACUGGUCUUGGCGGCAACGGCAGCAGGCUCAAUGACCACUUCAUGGAUCUCUGCAUCAUGAUAUCGGCUUGCAAGACUGGCUCGGCGCGAAGGGUCACCGCGGUGCUUCCUCUCUUUCCCUACUCCAGACAGCCUGAUCUCCCCUACAAGAAGGCGGGCGCCCCUCUGUUCAAGGCGGGAUCCGAGAGCGGCAAGAAGGACUAUACCUUUGAGAGCGUCCCGGCAACCCCUGCGCCGGGAAUUCCACAGAGCGAUGGACUGGGCAACGCCAAUGACAUCACCAACCGUUUGCUCAAAACAUCCUUGACCAACGGGGCUGGCGCCAUGUCUCCGGUGAAGCAGUCCAACGGCGACGCCUACUUUGGAGUCAACGGUGUCAAUGGUGUUAAUGGUGUUAAUGCCACCAGGCAUCUGGGCAGCUACACGACGCACGACUAUGAGAACGUUUCACACGUCCAUGCAUUCCAAGCGAAGCCGGGGUAUAAGCAGUGGGUUGCGCAGGCGGGAACGUUGGUGGCCAAUCUUUUGACUUGCGCGGGUGCGGAUCAUGUAAUCACAAUGGACCUGCAUGACCCUCAGGUCCAAGGAUUCUUCGAUGUGCCUGUCGACAACCUUUACGGAAGACCGCUUCUCAAGCAGUAUAUCCGGCAGCACAUCCCGAACUACAAGGAUGCCGUUAUCAUCAGCCCCGACGCUGGAGGCGCAAAGCGGGCAACGGCCAUUGCUGACAGCAUGGGCGUACAGUUUGCCCUCAUCCACAAGGAACGCCGUCCAACCAAGAUCACGGACCGGCAGAAUGCAAGCAUGAUGCUCGUGGGCGAUGUUGCCAACCGUGUCUGCAUCCUUAUUGAUGAUCUCGCGGACACGGGCAACACAAUCACGCGGGCGGCUAAGCUCCUCAAGAAGGAGGGCGCGACCAAGAUCUACGCGCUCCUGACGCACGGCGUCUUCAGCGGAGAUGCCAUCAAUCGCAUUCAGGCCUCGGCCAUUGACAAGGUGGUUGUAACCAACUCGGUGCCUCAACACGAGCACAAGGCAUUGUUGGGAUCCAAGCUCGAUGUUUUGGACAUCUCGCCCAUCUUCGCUGAAGCCAUCCGGCGCGUUCACCACGGUGAAUCCAUCAGCGUACUUUUCAAUCACGAGUAA